AUGUCUGCCUUUCCGACACCUUCCAGUGACCCUCCCAAGAAGGAGAUGGUGUACUUCCCGGACAUGACAACGGCGCUGCCCUCAAAGUCCGCGGAAUUCCGCCGUGUGCUCUGGACUGGGCUCUACUCCCAGUUGGUGCUCAUGACAGUGCCUGUCGGAGGAGAUAUCGGAGAGGAGAUUCACACCGUGGAUCAAAUCCUUACAUUCACAUCAGGAACAGGACUCGCUCAGAUCGCCGGGAAGGAGCAAAAUAUCAAGGCUGGAGACAUGGUUAUUGUGCCGGCUGGCACGAAGCACCAAUUCUUGAACACGGGCGCGACGCCGUUGAUCCUCUACACGGUGUACAGUCCUGCUGAGCACAAGCCAACAACUAUACAUCAGACUAAAGAGCAGGGCGAUAAAGAAGAAGAAGAUGGCAUUGAUGUGGCGCCAGAAUGGAGCCGGAGAAGCAAGAAACAGAAUGAAGAUGAUGGCUUGGUCAAGGGUGAAGAGUAG